GGAAAUCAAUCCUGGCUGCCACCAUAUUGAAAUCAAUUUCAAUCCGCACGUUUAUUGAAACUGUGAAAUAAUUGUUGGGCUAUAUUAUUCUCUUAAUAAUAUAUAACUAUAAAUUGACAAUAAGAAAUUCCUGUUAGCGAAUGGAAUCGGAUAUUCUAUCAGUAGCUGAUUCUCGAAUUGCUGACGCUAAAGCAAAGGCUAGACCUGGUUUGUUUCCCUUCGUUCUAGAAUAUUCUAAAAAUACUUUCUCUUUAUAUUACUCUUAGAAUUACAAUGCUUCUCCAUAGGCAAGUGUAGAAUAAGAUUUUAUAUCAUUCAAUUAACGCUUCAAACAGCCAUUAUCUUUUUUCUAAAUUCGACAAAUUAUUAUUCAAUCCAUAUUAUUUUUAUUGAAUAACAUAAUUUAGAGCUAAUUAUUGACUUAAUAUGCCUUCUGCAGAUGUUUAUCUUCAAUAAUCAAUGAUGAAUUGAACCACUUGUACAUUAAAUUCAAUAUUACUUUUUAUUAUUCCUCUUUGCAUAGAAAGAAGCUUUUGUAAUUUCAGUUUUUUUUCUAAAAGAAAUAAAUUUUGUGUGAUCUGUGAUAAAUUAACUUCAUCUUUUCUUACGACAAACAGAGUUACAAGGUGACGAAGGUUGGACAAAGUGUAAUUAUUAUGAAAAGUUUGAUUUAUCAUGGGAGCAUAUCGAUGACACUCUGGAACGAGUAGAUGCCAGAGUAGUUUCGGAAGAAGAGUUUAUUGAACGAUUCGAGAAACCUUAUAAACCAGUAGUUGUAAGCCAUGGACAAGAUGGCUGGAUGGCAGCUGAAAAGUGGACCUACCCUCGACUGGCAAAGAAAUAUAGAAAUCAAAAGUUUAAGUGCGGCGAGGACGAUGAUGGAUAUUCAGUUAAAUUGAAAAUGAAAUACUUUGUUAAAUAUGCAGCUGAUCAGAAAGAUGAUAGUCCAUUAUACAUUUUUGAUAGCAGCUUUGGAGAGCAUUCGAAAAAGAGAAAAAUAUUAGAAGAUUAUCAAAUACCGAAGUAUUUCAAAGAUGAUUUGUUUAAGUAUGCCGGUGAAGCCAAAAGACCACCUUAUAAAUGGUUUGUAAUGGGUCCUGCUCGAUCGGGAACUGGAAUACACAUAGAUCCUUUAGGAACAAGCGCAUGGAACGCUCUUGUUAAGGGUCACAAACGAUGGUGCCUUUUUCCUACAAACACACCUAAGAAACUGUUGAAAGUGGCUUCCGGAGUUGGGGGUAAACAAAGAGACGAAGCUAUAACAUGGUUUCAGCAUGUUUAUCCUCUAACUCAAAUGCCUGAGUGGCCUGCUGAAUUUAAACCUAUCGAAGUAAUUCAGAAACCUGGAGAAACCAUGUUUGUUCCUGGCGGAUGGUGGCACGUUGUUUUGAAUCUCGAUGAGACAGUGGCAGUAACUCAAAACUUUUGUAGUGUAACGUCUUUCCCUGUAAUAUGGCAUAAAACUCUUCGAGGACGUCCAAAAUUAAGCAAACGAUGGUAUGAAGCCUUGAAAAGGUUUAAACCCCACUUGAUACCGAUUGCUGAUGCAGUCGAUUUGUCCAAAAAGACGCAUGUCGUUAGCGACUCUUCGUCAUCGAGUGAUAGCAGUUCGUCAAGCUCGGAUGCGGAGAGCAUAGACUCUGAUAGCGAUUCGUCGGUUGGUAGUGCCGUGGGGAUAGCACCAUCACCGAACUCUUCAUUGAGGCCCGCGGCUAAGAGAAGAAAGGCCCGGAAAGGUGCAAAAGUCCAUCCGGAUGUUCAUGCAACUCAGACAAAGUUACAAACUAAUGAGAGAGUACUCGGGGAGGAAGACUGA